GGUGACAUUAACGAUAACCAUAUCGCCGUUGAUGUGAAUACACCUACAUCUUUGGCUUCUGUGGAUGCUGGGUCGAGGGGCAUUGUUCUGAAAAAUGGGAGACAGGUUACUGUUUGGAUCGAGUACAGGGACGACUCCAAGAUGAUCCGGGUCUGGGUCGGGUAUUCGCAGACCCGACCCGCAAACCCAAUUCUGGUUUCGCAGAUUGACCUCUCCAGGCAAUUCAAGGAGUUCAUGUAUGUGGGGUUCUCUGCCUCCAAUGGACAGGGCUCUGCACUUUACAUGGUCCAUAGAUGGCGCUUCAAAACUUUUGGGUUAGUCCCUUCUCUCAUUCCUGUUGACACGGUUAAUGGAGGAGACUGUUUCAUGUGCUCGACGGAGGAUUCGAGCGCUAACAACAGUCGGAUCGUUGAUCCUCGGAAAAGGAGGAAGAAGAUUGGAGAGAUGGCCCUUGGUUUGGGAGGUUUAGCUGCAUUUUUGUGCUCCAUUGUUGCAAUUGUUGGUUUGGCUACCUUUGUUUUGAUAAAGAAACUGAGAGGUAGAAUGAGAAGAGGCAGAGGAAGCGAUAGAACCUGUGAAGUUGAGAUGAACAGGGUUCCAACAAGAUUGUCUCUGGGGGAGAUAAAGUCGGCUACAAUGGGGUUUAAUCAAAACAGAGUUGUUGGGGAAGGUGGUUCUGCAGUUGUCUACAAAGGGUCUCUUCCGUCUGGUGGGGACGUGGCUGUUAAGCGGUUUGAGCGAUCGGGAAACGAUCGUCUCUGCAAUCCUUUCACCACGGAGUUCGCAACAAUGGUGGGUUGCUUAAGACACAAGAAUUUGGUUCAGCUUUAUGGAUGGUGCUGCGAGGCAAAUGAGUUGGUCCUUGUUUAUGAGUACUUGCCCAAUGGAAGCCUUGCCAAACUACUUCACAAGAGCUCCUCCAAUUCACUGUUUAUCCUUCCUUGGAAGAAGAGAUUCUCCAUAGUUCUUGGAGUUGCUUCAGCCCUGACUUAUCUUCAUGAAGAGUGUGAGAGCCAAGUUAUCCACAGAGACGUCAAGACCUGCAACAUCAUGCUUGAUGCAGAGUUCAACGCAAAACUAGGGGAUUUCGGUUUAGCAGAAGUGUAUGAACACAGCUCGAUCACUAGGGAAGCAACCAUACCAGCGGGGACAAUGGGAUAUCUUGCCCCUGAAUAUGUUUAUUCUGGCGUUCCUACCGUCAAAACUGACGUUUACAGCUUCGGCGUGGUGUUGCUUGAAGUUGCAUCGGGAAGGAGGCCAGUAAACGACGACGGGACGGUGCUUGUCGAUUGGGUUUGGGAUCUAUGGGAAAUUGGGAGACUGAUUGAAGCUUCUGAUUCAAGGUUGAUGGGAAAGUACAAUAUAGUAGAAAUGGAGAGAAUGCUAAUGGUAGGACUUUUCUGUGUACACCCAAAUCAUGAAAAUAGGCCAACUGUGAAAGAGGCUGCAAGGAUUCUUAGAGGGGAAGCACCACUCCCUCCACUGCCAUCAAGGAAACCAAGAGUAAGCAUCAGGCCCGUUUUCGAUCCCGACGAUGUCGAAGACGUUGAGAAUUAUUGUGGCAGUUAUCUCGGGCUCGAUGAGUCGGCAUGGAUGACCCCCAAGAGCCAAUUUAGCUAGCUGAACCAGAAAGUGAUCAAAGACUUCAAAUGUUGCCAAUGAAGAAGCAGUCACCUUGGGACAUUGUAUGGUUUCUGGUCAAACUUCAAGGAAGUGUCUUAAAAGGGAAGACAGGUAUGUUUUUGUUUGGUAUCAGAAGAUAUUCCUACAUUAAAGAAGACAAUGAUAGCUUCACUUUCACAUCACAUGAAUAAGAAUUCAAACCAGAAUAAUGGUGUUAGAUAGAUUUGUUGUAGACUUGUAGGCCCCAAAACUGAAUUUAUUCAUGAAAUAUUCAAACAGAUUGACCCCAAAAACGCACACA